GUCAAGGAACUCAGGAAAGUGUUUUGAUUCGAGAGAGGAGUUGAGUUUUGGACAGUGUCUAUACAGUGUGACACUGUUUUCUAUAUAAUCGGACGUAAAUAAAAUACUAUAUUUACAGUUGUAUUCUGUAAAAAUGGUCGGGGUAAAAGUAAUCGGGAAUGAUUCAGAAUUUCAACCUGAGUUAACAGCCGCCGGUUCCAGACUUGCCGUAGUGAAGUUCACAAUGGCAGGGUGUCGACCCUGUGUCAGAAUAUCCCCUGCUUUCAACAUGUUGAGUAACAAGUACCCACACGUGGUUUUCCUUGAAGUCGAUGUACACGUCUGUCAGGCAACGGCUGCCGCCAACAACAUCUCUGCCACGCCGACGUUUUUGUUUUUCCGUAACAAAGUGCGCGUCGACCUGUAUCAGGGUGCAGAUGCCUCAGGACUAGAGGAGAAGAUCAAGCAGCAUGUAGAAAACGACCCUGGAAGCAACGAGGACUCGGACAUUCCCAAGGGAUAUAUGGACCUGAUGCCGUUUGUGAACAAAGCUGGCUGCGAGUGCCUAAACGAGAGCGACGAGAGCGGCUUUGAAAACUGCUUAGUCAAGGACACCACCUACCUGGAGUCCGACUGCGAUGAGCAGCUCCUUGUUACGAUGGCCUUUAACCAACCUGUCAAGCUGUACUCCAUGAAGCUGCAGACCUCUGACUUCGCCCAGGCACCAAAGUGUGUGAAGAUCUUCAUUAACCUUCCUCGCUCCAUGGACUUUGACGAUGCUGAGCGGAGCGAGGCCACCCAGACCCUGGACCUGGCCGAGGAGGACUUCAAGGACGACGGGUUGAUUCCGCUGAGAUAUGUCAAGUUCCAGAACGUUCAGAGCGUCACCAUGUUUGUGAAGAACAAUCAAGGGGAUGAAGAGACGACUAAAAUAAAUUACCUUACUUUUAUUGGGACCCCUGUACAAGCAACAAACAUGAAUGACUUCAAAAGGGUUGUGGGCAAGAAAGGAGAGAGUCACUGAGACGGCGGAGAGGAGAGGAGAGGAGAAGAAUGGCCAUAUUGCUGUGGUGAUCGCUGUCUGUCUGCCAAGGCUGCUGGAUGGGUCCGGCUCAGAGUCAGCUCUACUGUAAUACAGCACUGACCAACAACCAUGUGUCCCAAAUGGCAACAUAUUCCCUUUCAUAGUGCACUGCUUUUGGACCCUUUUUUAUAGUACAAUACUUGUUUUUGGACCUGGUAUCCCAUCCUGAAGUUAGGGCUUUGAUUCGGGAUCCAAAGACAUGUCUGAGAUCGAAAGUAGUGCACUAUGUAGGGAAUAGGGUUCUAUAGGGUCCUGGUCUAAAGUAGUGUACUAUAUAGGGAAUAGGGUUCUAUAGGGUCCUGGUC